AUGCUUGCCUGGCGUGGAUCAGUUCGAUUGCUAACUGACAUCAACCAAAGUCUUCUUCAAAAUGCAUCAUUCCGUUGCCAACGUGUGCAAGGUCUCCGUGUUGGUAACACCGAGAUUCCUAAUGACAAGAAACUGGAGGUUGCCCUUCAAUACAUCCAUGGAAUUGGCCGCAAAAGAGCUCAUCAAAUUCUUUGUGAGUUAAGCUUGGUGAACAAACCUACCAAGGACUUGACUGGAAUAGAACUCAACUCUCUUAGAGAAGAAGUCUCCAAGUACCUGACUGGACCAGAUCUGAAGCGACGCGUUAAAGCUGAUGUACAGAGAUUGGUAGACAUUGAGUGCUACAGGGGGUAUAGGCAUGUGGAAGGGUUGCCAUGCAGAGGACAGCGCACAUCUACCAAUGCCCGGACUAGAAAAGAACACCAAAAGUAUGGAUCUCAAGAAGUUGCUGAGCGGAUUCACAGCAAGUGGGUAUCGUCGCGAAUUUUGAAACAGAGGAAAGAUAAUGAAAAAAAGAUUUUUCAAGAGUACUGCAGUCUGGGUGUAGAUCCAACGGAAAAGGAAAUAAUCUUUGUGCAAGAGCUGGUUCCAAAUGUCUUCCAUAUUACCAUCAAAAAAUGUUGCAAUGUAUUUGUACCAUUAACAUUACGUGGGCAUACCUGCCUAACAAGAAAGAGACAUUACGCGGGCCUAAGUUACUUAGAAAAACAAAAUUUUCUUUGGGCCAGCUCAACCUUGAGCUGUAGGCCUAGAGAUGUGUUAUCCAGAUUGGCCCUUGAAGAAGGCGAGUAA